UCACAAGCUCAAUUUUGGCUGUAUUUUUGUUCUCACAUGGUUUUUGUGCCAUUGCAUAUUAUAGAGAGAGACUCGGAUCGUUGAAACCAAUGCAAAACCCAUCUCCAAUGGCGGUAUCUGAGUCUACCCUUUUGAUUGUUGACUCGGAUUCCAUGGUUUUAGGCCUCUGAAGAUCUCCCAAAACUUCGUCUUCUUAUUCGGAACAACCACAACACCCGUACUUGUUUCUUCAAAGUUCUAAUUGUCAACCUCCCGGAAGACUUCUUUGAAAGCUAUGAGUGCAGAUUCAAAUAAAUCCCCUUCAAAUGGAUGUGAAUUAAUAUUUGAUGAGAAGCAGGAAAAGAUUAAUGUGUUGAGGAGUUUGCUUGGGCCAUUGCCUGAUAAGUCAUCUAUUUAUUGUUCUGAUGCAUCAAUCUCUAGAUAUUUAAGGGCACGGGCCUGGAAUGUCAAGAAGGCAACUAAAAUGAUGAAAGAGACCUUGAAAUGGAGAUUGGAAUACAAGCCAGAAGAGAUUAGAUGGGAUGAGGUUGCUCGUGAGGCAGAAACAGGAAAAAUAUACAGGUCAAAUUAUGCAGACAAGCAUGGGAGACCAGUUCUUGUCAUGAGACCAGGCUGCCAGAACUCAAAGUCUGUUAAAGCACAAAUUAGGUACUUGGUGUAUUGCAUGGAGAAUGCUAUUAUGAAUCUGCCACAAAACCAGGAAGAGAUGAUCUGGCUGAUAGACUUCCAUGGUUUCAAUUUGUCGAAUAUCUCAGUCAAAUCGACAAAGGAAACUGCCCAUGUUUUGCAAGAACACUAUCCUGAGAGGCUUGGUGUUGCAAUAUUAUACAACCCGCCCAAGUUCUUUGAACCAUUCUGGACGGUGGUGAAGCCCUUUUUAGAACCCAAGACAGCCAACAAAGUCAAAUUUGUUUAUUCAGAUGAUCCUAAUACCAUGAAAAUAAUGGAGGACCUAUUUGACAAGGACAAGCUCGAGUCUGGCUUUGGUGGUAAAGAUAAUGCGGGUUUUGACAUCAAUAAAUAUGCCGAGAGGAUGAGAGAAGACGAUAAGAGGAUUCAAUCAUUUUGGGCGAGAGGGAAUGCUUUCGAGGCAGCCCAUCAACCAUCCAUCACAACUGCCACCUGUUUAAAUCCUGCGAAGUCUGAGUCAGAUUCUGAUGUGUCAGAUGAAAAAGAAGAUAAAUCUCUAUCUCAUGAAGGCGAUGACAAAUAGAGCAGAGUACGUAAUUUAGCCUAGACAACCAUGUAGCAAUUUACAAGUACCAUGUGCAAGCCAUCAUUAAACUUGCUUGUCUAGGACAGUUUGCUCUUGUUGAAUCUUCUACUGUUCUGAAUUUAUGCUUCGCAAUUGUGACAGAAGGUUGAUAUUAUAGCUUUUAAUAAUAUUUAACUCCCAAUCUAUUAUCUUCA